GGGGAUCAGGGCAGAGGCUCAGGGCGGAGGAUCGGGGCUCGGAGCAGAGGCUCGGGACGCCAUGGGGAACAGAAAAAGCGUGGCUCUGUCCAAGGAGAUCCUGGAGGACCUGAAGCUCAACACCAAGUACUCGGAGGAUGAGCUGUGCAAGUGGUACGAGAGCUUCCAGAAGCAGUGCCCGGACGGGCACAUCAGCCAGGCCGAGUUCGAGAAGAUCUACGGCAACUUCUUCCCCAAGUCGGAUCCCCAGGUCUACGCGCGCCACGUCUUCCGCAGCUUCGACACCAACGGCGAUGGGACGCUGGACUUCCGGGAGUACAUCAUAGCCCUGCACCUCACCUCCUCCGGCAAGACCAGCCUCAAGCUGGAGUGGGCCUUCUCCCUCUUCGACGUCGACCGCAACGGCGAGAUCAGCAAGAGCGAGAUGCUGGAGAUCAUCACAGCAAUAUUUAAGAUGAUUCCCCCUGAAGAGCAGAAAAUGCUCGCUGAGGAUGAAAACACCCCCCAGAAACGAGCCAACAAACUCUGGGAAUAUUUCAAAAAGGGGGAAAACGACAAAAUCGCAGAGGGGGAGUUCAUCUCUGGGGUGAUGAAGAAUGAAGCCAUCUUGAAGCUGAUCCAAUACGAACCCAAGAAAUAGGAAGGCCAAGGUCCCAGGCCAGGAGGGGAACGGCAAUCAAGAGGGAGAGUGUGGGCUGAGCAGGUUGGAGAGAGAGAGAGGAUGAGUGAAUGAGAAAAUGAUGGAACGAAUGAAUGAAACAACACACGUGCGAGGCGCCUGACCCAUCUCCAGCCAUAUGCUGCCAUAUUGGUCUUUACCCCUUUCCCCAGGUAGCUGGAUCCCUUCUCCUCCUCCACCAGCAGCCCGCUCUGGGCACUUCCAAACAGGCUGUCAUUGGGGGCCGAGGGAGGGGGGACCCCACCGAGACCCCCAAGGGUGGAAAGGAGCAGGGGAAAAGUGGGGGAGGUGAAAGAGCGGAUGGUGGGAAAAGAAGGAUGGGAGGAAAGAGAGAAAGAAAAAUGGAGCAAUGAAGGAGGGAGGAAGGAAAGUGGAUGUAACAGGGAGGAAGGGGGGAAUGAGAAAGAACAGAGAAUAAAAAGGAGAAGGCAGAGCAGCAGUGAAGAGGAAAUGGCUGAUGGAAGAGAAGGACCACGUAAAGGUGCUGCCCAGACACAGAGUCGCUGAGAUCGGGGCCCCGUCGCUCCGGGCGCUGCCCGGACACAGAGUCGCCGAGAUUGGGGCCCUGUCGCUCCGGGCGCUGCCCGGACACAGCAUGAGAGCCAAGGGUUGAACCCAGACAUCCUGUCUCCUCGUCUAACACUCCAGCCACAGCUCCUCAGCAAAAAACCCUCUUCAACCGGCACAAACCAACACCCACUGUCUAGGGCCCUGAAAAGCGCUCUGCCUUCCUCCAUUUGCUCCUUCUCUCCCCCCGCACCCUUGGUCUGAUUCGUUCCCUCUCCCCGUGGGCCUCUAAGGCAGCUCUGUGGGGCAGAUCAUUCACCCCCCUCCCUCCUGCUGAAGCCUGUUUGGAAAACACCACCCGUCCCAUAUUCAUGUUGUAUUCUGCAGUUUGUGCUUCUGUCUCGUUUCUUCCCCAUCCCAGAGCCAGCGGGAUUCCCGGCAGUGCUGGUGGGGGUGGAAGGAAGGGAGACAAAGGGCAUUUGUCUUACAUUGCUGUACUGGUGUCUGGUUUUCAAUAAAGAGCG